AUGUCGAACGCCGUCCAGUACAUCCAGAAGGUGAGCGGCGCGAUCACGCAGCCCAUGGCCGUGCCGAUCAGCUGCGACACGAACAUGGAUCUCGGCGAGGAGAGCGUCAGGUAGCCCGUCUUGAAGUCCUGCAUCAGAUCGGCGGCGGUGGAGACGAUGGACAUCAUGACGCCGCAGGCAGCGAGGCCAGCGACGACGCCGCCGUCGGAGCCGACCAGCGAGGCGAAGGCAAAGAGCAUGAUCUUGCCGUAG